AUGAGCUCUGCCUCGGAACCCGGUGAUAUUUACCACGAGCUCGAGCACCUGAGAAGCGAGAAUCAGUCGCUUAGGAAUGAGUUUCAGCGUGUGAAACUGAAGAAUAAACGCCUGGAGGAGGAGCUAUUGAAGUGUAGGGAGAGUAGUGAUGAGUGUGUGGUGGCGGCUGUGAGACCGGGGAUCGCCGAGGAUGUGUAUCAAGUUCUUAUGGAGAAAGUGGGGAGAGGGGGAGGACAAACGAGCUUGAAGGUGGUAUUCGAUGAGCAGAAAAGGAAGAUUGACGAAUUGGAGGAUGAAAAGAGGGAAUCAGAGAGUCAGGUUCGCGUUUGGGCGAAGAAAUACAAGGAUUUGGACGAGAGGCUCUCGCAGCUGGAAAGAGACACUUCAACGCUGUUGGGUAACAGAGAUGGUGAAUCUCAGGUCCUGCCAGAGCCUGAUGUCUUAAUCGAUGCGAAUGGAUUUGGUGAUCGUGGCUCUACUCAGUGUGGAAAUGAUUCUAAUGGUGGCGGUAGUGUCUCCUUCACUCACAAUGCGAGAAAGAAGCGGGAUUUUGGUACAGGCACUUGCUUGUCCCCGUUGGUGGGUCCAAGUCGGAAAUCUCUGGGGAAAGAGGACAGAGUUUUACAGGGUGAUGGAAGUUCCCCAAUUGUUGAGAUAAUUGACAGUGAUGACGACUGCAGUGGCCCAUCUGAAAUGCUAUCAGGGGAUAAAUGUUGUGGUAGAGGAAAUGAUGAGAAAGGGAACAAAAAGCUCAAAAGGAAAAGAGAUUCGGUUUCUUCUGUUUCUGAUGACCCUUUGAACCAAUCUCUGCGGGAUAUCUUGGCUUCCCUCAAACAAUUUGCACAGAAAAAUAUCAGAGAAACAGACUCGGAUAACAGCUUGAGUAAGUCAACUGGGGUCAACCCCAUUAGGCAUGAAAAUGGGGCUGGUUCAGCAUCUGCUAAGUCAGAUGAUGGAAGUUCUUCGCACAAAGAACGUUGGAAGUAUGUGGCAAAUAUGAUUUCUGAUAUCUCCAAGGAUGAUGAGUUAUGCAUGAAGGCCUUUUGCGCACUUUAUAGACGGCAAAGAUCAAAGUCAAUGGAGAGGAGCGCCUGCCAGGGAUUCAGUGGCCUCCUUGCACCAAGCAAAAUCUCUUUGGCUGAGUUUCUAACAGGUGGAGAUCCAGAAGGUAAGCUGAAAAAAUCUGUAAAGGAUUUGCAUGAUCACGACCCAGAAGGCCUGAUUGUCUGCAGGAGUAUAGCUAUUGAACACUCCGAGCAGUUGUUUAUAAUGUACCGGAAGAAAGAGGAUCCCUUUUUUCCAUCCUCAUAGUAUGGGAAUAUAAGUCCUUGAUUAUUUGUGAUAAUGACGCGAGGAAGAGCUGCAGUCAUUGAGGGCUAUUUGGUCAGCAGGUCUCGUGUUUUUGUAGCCUUUUGCCUUGACCUUCUUGUGCCAUUGCCUGCUGUUUGCAGUUUCUGCUGGUUCUGUGCAUAUAAGUUUUUCAUCUUAUUCUUUUUAUCAGUUUCUUGAACAUGGUGUACAAAAAUCAACCAUCUGGAUCUGGAUUAUGGAUUAACAAGUAUAGAGCAGUUGGAUCUUUUUGGAAUCUAUUCCUCUUCAUCUGUGCUCUUGUUUGUUGCAAUCUCUCUUCAUUAUCCAUUUAUGUUCCGUCGAUUCAGAUCAGUGGUGGUUUAUAUUUUUUGUUCUUCUGU